UUUGGGGUGACAGUCCCCGGGAAUCCUUACGCACGCUUAGACUCUUGGGAGUUGUAGUACGAAUCCAGUCAGGGUUGGAACCAUGGCGGUGGCCAAGGAGCUCUUACAGAUGGACCUGUACGCGCUGCUAGGUAUCGAGGAGAAAGCGGCGGACAAAGAGGUGAAGAAGGCAUAUAGACAGAAGGCCCUCUCCUGCCACCCAGACAAAAAUCCAGAUAAUCCCAGAGCAGCUGAGCUCUUCCACCAGCUUUCUCAGGCCUUGGAGGUACUGACCGACACUGCAGCCAGGGCUGCAUAUGACAAGGUCAGGAAAGCCAAGAAGCAGGCAGCAGAGCGGACCCAGAAACUUGAUGAGAGAAGGAAGAAAGUGAAGCUUGACCUGGAGGCCCGAGAGCGCCAGGCCCAGGCCCAUGGCAGUGAUGAUGAGGAGGAGAGCCGGAGCACCAGGACGCUAGAGCAGGAGAUCGAACGCCUUAGAGAAGAGGGUUCCCGGCAGCUGGAGGAACAGCAGAGGCUGAUCCAGGAGCAGAUACGGCAGGAACGGGAGCAGAGGUUGAGAGGAAAGGCAGAAAAUCCUGAAGACAGAGGAACCCCCAAGCUAAAGCUAAAAUGGAAAUGCAAGAAGGAAGAUGAGUCAAAAGGCGGCUACUCCAGAGAUGUCCUCCUGCAGCUUUUCCAGAAGUACGGAGAGGUGCUCAACCUGGUGCUUUCCAGUAAGAAGGCUGGCACUGCCGUGGUGGAGUUUGCAACCAUCAAGGCUGCGGAGCUGGCUGUCCAAAACGAAGUGGGCCUAGUUGAUAACCCUCUGAAGAUCUCCUGGUUGGAGGGACGGCCCCAGGGCAUGGGGGGCCCCAGACAUGCAGGACUGUCACAGGGCUCGGUGCUGUCGGAGAGGGACUACGAGAGCCUCGUCAUGAUGCGCAUGCGCCAGGCUGCUGAGCGGCAACAGCUGAUCGCCCAGAUGCAGCGGGAGGAUGAGGUGGGGCAGCCCACGUAGCCCUCAGCCCCAGCGCACGCAGCCACAGCCCUCUUCCUAAGCGUCACCAAUAAACUUUUUUUUUUUUUUUUUU